UUACUAUUUAUGAAGUGUGAAACGUUUAAAAACGCAGUAGUUCGUUGGGGUAACAGAUUAGAGUAAUUAAAUUUCAUUCAUUUCUGUUUAACUGUUUCCGGCAAUGAGUCAUCCCUUUGUGUAGAAGCUAAUAAAGCGAUAUGUGCUAUAGUAGGGUGGAGCUACACUUUGAGUCACUAGAGUCACUAAUAUUAGCACCUUCCUAUUGGUGCAGGGUAUUGAAGUCCAAACUUACACCGAAAAACCAACGUUCAGUCUACGUGUGGUUCGGUACAAGAAAGCACAUCAACAGUAACGCGCGACUAAAAAAGACAAAGUUUCACUGCCAAUACUUUCAAAAUGGCAGGCAACAAUAAUGUUUUUAACGACGAUUUAUUUGAAGCAGAAGGCAUCGAGAAUUGUUCAGAGCCCAGCGGCAUGCAGACUGACUUUUCAGAGGAUAAGGAGACGACAGAGGAAGCGACAAGGAUUGAAGACAAGAAGAUGACAGAUAACAACGGUGAAAUCGGGUACUUCAUAAAGAAAGGAAUGGAAUUUGUGCCAAUGACCAACUUUUCAGUCGAGUGUACUGGUUACGUUGUGGAAAGCCCUGCGAGCGGAAGCUCGGAAGGAUUUCUGUUUAAAGUGAUUCCAAAGGGCUCCAUUUCCAACGAAGAAAGUCAAACUAGCACAAGUCAACAGUACUAUUUGACAUGGAGGGACAUGUCUACCCAGAUAGGCAUAUUAAACAAGUUUUCGUCCAAGAAAUUGUGGACUGUUCCAUCUAAAGAACAGUAUUUACCCCCCUAUUUCAAAAGGCUCUGUGACGAAUAUGUGAAAUUGAGUAAUCCUCGACGAGUAUUCCCAGUUGAGUGCAUUGGUUUACAAGAGAGAAGUAUCCCACCAACAUGGAUAAUAGGAUCAAACAUCCAUGUUUCGGUGGAAAAUGGAAUGGCUAGGAGGCUUGAUGAAAGUGCAUCCCCAUUCGCAGUAUUGGGUGAUGAAAUUGACCCCCUGCCUUUUCUCCAAAUAACAGGGGACAAUGGUUUGUUAGAUGAAGGUGAGGCUAUAAAAGAGAUAUUAGAGAUGGAGGCGAGUUUAAUGGGCAAGAAUUUCCCACCCGCCCUUCUGAUCCUUGGAGGGAUGGGUGUGGGAAUCCAUUACGAGCAACUUAGAAAGAUGURUGAUGGUGUGCCAUUGGUAAUGGCAUAUGGCCUUCCCGUCUCAGGGAAGUCCUUUGCAGUUGAGGUUGCCAUGUCCAUCAUCGGAGAGUCUAAAAGGACUGGAGAAUGCACACAGGCAGGCAUCUUAAAAAAAGCUGGCAGUAGAACACUCCCUUUUUGGUGGGACGAUGUCUCCGAUUUUGGAAUCUUAGAGGCACUAACAGUGCAGACCUUCAAUCAGGCUCAAAGAAAUACAGCAAAUGCAAUACAAGAGGGAUCAAGAACGAUACCUCUAAUGACGAUGAAUCCGCAAUGUCUCAGAAGAAAAAAAAUGGACCAAGAGAAAAUCGCCAGGUAUUGUCCACUAAAAUCUGACUUACAAUUGUUUCAAUAUAAUAGAUAUUGAAGUAUUGUCCUAGAAAAUGUAAAAAAAUUUAAAUUGAAAGUUAACUUGUUAGAAAAGCUGUCAAAAUUAUUGUUAAAAAUAAGCUAGAUGAAAAAAAUUAUGGACAGGACAACUAUGUAACUUAAUUGGUGAAUUUCUAUUGUGCAGCACAUGAGCCUCAGAGUGCAAAAUCAAACAUAUAUCCAAAGACAUAUCCAAAGUUUUUGCUAUAUCAAUAUUAUUACCUAAC